AUUCACAUUAUCGUUACAAAGUGUUUUACGGGUUGCAACACAGAGUUAUCUCGGAGUGCGUGAUUAUAUUUUUUGCACUGUCAUGUCAAUCUUGCCGAGUUCUCUAGCGUCGCAGUAAAAAGAACCUUUUUUACAAAUUAUAAUGUACAACGUGUAACUGCAUAAUUGCCACCUAGAAAAGAGAAACGCUGAAUGCUAAUUACGAGAAGGAUACUCCGUGUACGAGAAAAAUUCAUUUUCAUCUCGAUAUCUCGAAAAUGGCGCUUCUCACGCCUCAUUGGGGCCUGGACGGCAUCCUAAUCUGUGCAUCUCUUAUCGUCGCGGCGUACAUGUACGCCACGCGAAAUUUCAAAUACUGGGCGAAACGAGGAGUCCCGGAAAUUCCUCCGACACCGUUCUUCGGAAAUUUCGGCGAAUGCUUCAUGUUGAAGAAAGCAUCGCAAGACUUCGCGAAGGAACUGCAUUGCCAAUUCAAAGGCGAACCGUACGCGGGAUUCUACAUUUUCGAUAAACCAUUCUUCCUCGUACGAGAUCCCGAACUUGCGAAACAAGUUAUGGUGAAGGAUUUUCGCGCGUUCAUUGACAGAUAUGCUUCGGCAGAUGACAGUGAUCCACUUGGAUUCGCGAAUCUUUUCCUGAUGAAUAAUCCACGCUGGAGGGUGCUUAGAACGAAGCUGACGCCUCUCUUCACUUCCGGACGGCUGAAGAAAAUGUUCGACUUGAUGCUGGUCGUUGCCGAUGAACUGGAUCGGGUCCUCGAAGAAUCAAAUUUAUCUACUCCCAAGGUGAUGGAGAUGAAAGACCUUGCGGCGAACUUUACCACGGAUUUGAUCGCCACCACGAUUUUUGGGCUACAAGUGAAUUCGUUGCGCGAUCCCAAAACACACUUCCGGGAACAGGGCAGAAAAAUGUUCGACUUCAACUUCUUUCGCGGCCUGGAGUUCCUUAUUAUAUUCUUUAUGCCACAUCUAACUAAGUAUUAUCGCGCCAAAAUUUUCGGCAAACACGCGACGGAUUAUUUCCGAACCAUUGUCGGGGAAGUGAUGAAUCAGCGAAUUAAGUCGGGGGAGAAGAGGAACGAUCUGAUCGACCUUCUCGUCGAACUGAAGCAAACGCAUGAGAAAGAGGGAGCUAUCGAUGGAUUCAAAUUCACCGAAGACGACUUAGUAUCGCAGGCAGCUACUUUCUACCUUGCCGGUUUCGAAACUUCCUCUUCCGCCAUGGCCUUCGGUCUUUACGAACUCGCAUUAAAUAUAGACGUGCAGAAAACAUUGAGAACGGAGAUUCACAAGGCGUUAGAGAAGUCUGAAGGAAAAAUUACGUAUGAAAUGAUCAUGACACUGGCAUAUCUUGAUAUGGUCGUCUCGGAAGUCCUCCGCAAGUAUUCAGCAUUAGCGUUUAUAGAACGCGUCGCAGCCGUCGACUACAAAGUUCCAAAUUCCGAUCUGGUGCUGGAGAAAGGUACUCCGGUGUACAUCUCUUUGUUCGGGAUGCACUACGACCCGGAACAUUAUCCUGAUCCGGAAAAAUUCGAUCCCAUGCGAUUCAGCGAGGAGAAUAAAGAAAAAAGGCCAGCUUUCACUUAUUUCCCCUUUGGCGAGGGACCCCGGGCUUGCAUCGGACUUCGUAUGGGUCUUAUGCAAGCAAAACUGGGUAUAGUUCGGAUGAUAAGCAAAUACGAGGUGACACCUUGCGAGGAGACACCGGUGCCGGUGCUACUGCAACCAAGAUCGUCCAUUACGGCAUCGUUGACAGGACUGUACAUGAAUGUUCGCAAGAUUUCUAAAGAAGCUAGUUAAAUCUGUGACCAAAUGCAAUUACUAAUUAAAUUAACUUAAUUUUGUGAAUUAAGUACAAACUUUAAGACUAUUUGUGUGAUGACGAUUUCACGAUGCUUUUAUCGAUGAGAUUAGUGUACGAUAUUUCUUGAAAAUUGGAAACUUUAAUAAAGAUGCAACGAUCUGUUUCAGAGGGGGCGCAACGGUUGCCAAUCCUA